GCCCGUCUCGAUGAUGGCAUCUGGGCCGCUAAGGGCCGAGGCAAGCUGUCUGAGACCGCUGUGCAGGAAUUUUGCCCGUGGAUUCUGUCGGUGGGGCCAGAGCUGCCGCUUCUCACAUGACAGAAAAUCAGCCCAGGUCUGCAGGUACUUCCAGCGUGGGUUUUGCCGUUAUGGAGAGCAGUGCAGCUACCAGCACAUGCAGGAGGAGCCAGCCCCAGUAGGGACCCAGUAUGGUCUGAUGCCCCACGACCACUGGGACCAGGAGCCUGGCACUGAGCCCACAGCCAUGGACCGGGACCAGGGGGGAACCCAGCGCACCUCAGCCCACCCUGCCUGCAGCAUGACGUGUGUGGCCUCCGAGUCCCCCAAAGUGGAGGUAGAAGUGGAAGAGGAAGACAAGAAGAACAUCUCAGCACUUGGCUUCCAGCCACGAGGGCCGGCACUAGAUCUGGGCUUCUCUGACCCCAGAGAGGAGGUUUUGGAGACAGCGACAUGGACUGACCCUACAAAGGUCCCUGCAGAGCCAGGUGCAGUGGCAGCCCUGGUCACCACUGCAUCACUGAGAGCCCAGAGCGAGGCCAUAGUGUGUGGCAUCUGCAUGGACAGGGUGUACGAGAAGCCGCUGCCAGAGGAGCGGCUCUUCGGGAUCCUCCCGAACUGCAGCCACGCGUACUGCGUGGGGUGCAUCCGCAAGUGGCGGUGCAGCCGGGACUUCCAGAGCAAGGUCAUAAAGGCCUGUCCAGAGUGCCGGAUCACCUCCAGUUACUACAUCCCCCACAAAUACUGGAUCUCAGAUGUGGAUGAGAAGGAGAAGCUCAUCAGAACCUUCAAGGCACGGACAGGGAAAAUCAGGUGCAAAUUCUUCAUCCGUGGCCACUGCCCUUUCAGAUCAGAGUGCAUCUACCUGCACGAGCUGCCCGCCUGCCAGCUGCGGCGGCCCAGACGGCAGCGGCCGAGGAUGCCCGCUGUGUUCAUCCCUUCUUCCUCGGAGAGCUCUGACGAGGAGGAUGAGUUCUGCACACUCGAGUGGGCUCUUACCCUGGCCAUGAUGGAGACAGAAUUUCCCUACUCAAGUUAUGGCCACGAGGUGCUUCUGAUUGACUUCAGUGAUUCUGACUGAGCCAUGGGAGCUAUGCUGGGCCUGCUGGUGGCCAGGACAUGUCUCCAGGAGGUGGAAGCCUCUGCUUUUUUAGUCCUGCCACUGUUUUGGGGUGGCUCCACCGUGGGGGUGUUGCAGGGAUGGGGUGGUGUAAUAAGUGGAGAGUGUGAUGUUGGCUCUCGCAAAUGUUAUAGGUUAUAAGCAGUUAUAAGGCUGAAAGAAGUUCUGUUAAGAUCUGGUGUUUUCCUCUGUAAUGUUGAAAGUUGAAGCACGAAGGACUGCACGGACUCUGAGAGGCAGGACAAAGGAGGAGCUGGGUCAGAAGAGUGACAUCUGCACAAGUGUGGGGAGGGUCGGCUCACCAGGGGGCUGGCUCACCAAUAACAUGUAUAAGGGUAUAA